AUGGCGUCGAUAAACGAAUUGGACGAAGACAGUAACAUUUCGGUAACUCUUUCGGUUUCGGACAUAAAUGAUUCAUUAGAAACGGUUUCGCCUGUGUCACCAACCGACACCGCCGAGAGUUCAUCAUCGUCGCAAGCACGGCUUCUCUUACUGGAUGGAACAUUUUUCAAAUACUUGCCUGAAAAGUGUACGGGUAAUAAAAUCACAGCGCUUUGUAUGAAAUGUCCAAGAGAUGUAUUGACUAAAGUUAAAGGAUUUCAUAACUGUACGUCGAACUUUUUAAGUCACCUGAAGCGAAAACAUGGGCAAGAUUGCAUUGAAGAAUAUAAAACCUAUGUAAAAAAAAAGAAAAGUGAGGUCAAGAAAAAAGGUGAUACUUUUGUCAAAAUCACAACUAGUAAAACAAAGAGGUCGAAUGAGAAGAUAAUGUCACAAGAACAAUUCGAUGAAAAUAUUUUGAAAUAUUUUAUACAUUCCAUGAUUCCAUUGCAUGCAGUAGAAGAUCCAUAUUUUUCCAAAAUAUUCACGGACUUAAAUAUAUCUGAAAUGGGUCUAAUUUUAAUGAGUCGACGCACACUAGGACGUCGUAUAGAAAAACACUACGAAACGCAAGUAGCUAAGAUAAAGUCAGAACUAGAAAAAGUUCCCUAUGUGUGCACAACCAUAGAUAUCUGGACAGCGCACUGGAUCACAAAUGAUCUACGCAGAGUUUCAGUGGCGUUAGAUUGUCAACGAUUCAGAGGCGUCCACAGCUAUGAUAGACUAUCCGAUAUAAUUCAAGAAAUUAACGGUGAAUUCGACCUCAAUACGAAUAAAAUUGUUGCAUCGGUGACGGAUAAUGGCAGCAAUUUCGUAAAAGCUUUCAAAACGUUCGGUGUUAAAUUAACCAAUAUAAACAUUGAAAAUGAAGUUAUGCCCGACUCUCAGCCAACAGAAGCUUCUUCUGAAUCAGAUGUUGAAGAAGGUGAAUCAUGGAAUUUAGAUAAUCCUGAGCAUAUUUGUUUCCUUCCUGUUCAUUUACGAUGCUGUGCGCAUUUUUUAAGCCUUUGCGCAACUACGGAUGCUAACAAAGUUUUAACCGAGCAAGACACGCCUCUGUCGCAAAUGCAUGCUGCAAUAAUGAAAAAAUGUAAUGUUUUGUGGAAGGCUGCAGGGCGACCAAAAAGUGCCGAAACAAUACAGGAUGUGUUAGGGCACACGUUAAGCCGACCUGGUGAAACCAGGUGGAAUAGCUUGUUUGAUGCCCUCCAGCAAAUUUUCAACAUGAAAGAAAAAAGCUUACUUUUACAUAGAUCAUUAAACAUGAAAAUACUAUUAAAA